AUGGCAUUUUUAGAUCGUUUUUAUGAUGCCGUUGAUGUUUUAUCAGAAAAAUUUAUUGAAAGACUUUCAGAAGCUGUAUCUAUUCCUUCUAUAAGUUGUAGUGCUUUGCAUAGGAAAUACGUUAUUGAAAUGGCGGAUUUUUUAUAUAAAGAAAUGAAAAAUCUUAAUAUUGAUAAAUUGAACUCCCACCUCUUGUUAUUGGAAAAUAUGGUAAUGAUAAGAAUAAGAAAAAUUCAUUUUGAUGUUCAACCUGCUUUAAUAAGUGAUGGUUGGAUUACGGAUCCAUGGGAAUUUAAAUAUGACGAGGAAACUGGUCGCAUGUAUGGUAGAGGUAUUUCAGAUGAUAAAGGUCCAGUUCUUGGAUGGCUUAAUACUGUUGAGGCAUUUCAAAAUGCAGGUAUUGAUCUUCCUGUAAAUCUCGUUUUCUGUUUUGAGGGCAUGGAAGAGAAUGGAUCAGUUGGACUGGAUGAAUUUGUUAAAGCAGAAGCUCAAAAAUAUUUUGCUGAUGUAGAUUAUGUUUGCAUUAGUGAUAAUUAUUGGCUUGGAACUAAAAAGCCAUGUUUAACAUAUGGACUUAGAGGUAUAUCAUGUUAUAGUGUAACUAUAAAAGGUCCUAAUGCGGAUCUUCAUUCUGGAGUUUUUGGUGGUAUUAUUCACGAACCUAUGACAGAUCUUAUCCAUCUAUUUUCAUCUCUUGUAAAGCCUGAUGGAACUAUACUAAUUCCUGGAAUUAUGGAUCAGGUAGAACUUUUGUCGGAGAAAGAGAAUGCUUUAUAUGAUGGUAUAUCAAUUACUAUGGAAGAUAUAUAUCAUUCGGCUGGGUCUAAAACAACAAUUUAUGAUAAAGAAAAAUGUAUUUUAAUGCAUAGAUGGAGGUAUCCUUCACUUUCUUUGCAUGGAAUAGAAGGAGCAUUUUCAUUACCUGGUAUUAAAACAGUGAUUCCUUCUAAAGUAUCAGGGAAAUUUUCUAUUCGUUUAGUGCCCAAUAUGAACCCUGAAGAUGUUUGUAUUUUAGUCAAAAAACAUCUUGAAUCUGUAUUUUUAUCCUUAGGUUCAAAAAAUACACUCAUUGUUGACUACCUUCAUGGAUCUAAAGCAUGGGUUUCUUCUCCAGAUCACCCGAAUUAUAAAGCUGCAGAAAAAGCUACUAAAAAAAUAUAUGGUGUAGUACCUGAUUUCACUCGUGAAGGUGGUAGUAUUCCUGUUGCAUUGACAUUUGAAGAUUGUCUCAAUAAAAAUGUUCUCUUGCUGCCUAUGGGACGAGGAGAUGAUGGUGCUCAUUCUAUAAAUGAGAAGCUAGAUAAAUCCAAUUUUAUUCAAGGCACGAAACUUUUUGGUACUUAUUUGUAUGAAAUAUCUAUAUCUUAG